AUGGCAAGUAACCACCAAACAGAACUCAAAAAAGCAGAGAAAUCAGUAAUCGAGCAAGAAUCAGAUUCAGAAUUCGAAGAAGAAAACGAAGACUGGGACGAUUGGGGAGAAGUCGACGACAGUGAAAAUGGAGAAAACGACAAGGUUUUCGUGUGUUUGUUUUUUGAUUCACAGUUCAGUUCUUGCAGUGAGUUGUUCGAGCACUGUCGUUUGGUUCACAAGUUUGAUUUUGAUGGGCUAAGGAAGGAGUUGGGCUUGGAUUUCUAUGGUUCGUUUAAGCUAAUCAACUAUGUCAGGUCUCAGGUGGCAGAAAAUAGAUGUUGGAGUUGUGGGCUUGCCUGUCAAUCCCACCAAGAUCUACAGAAUCAUAUACAUGAAACAGUAAAGUUGAAAGACAUUAAGUCUUUGUUGGACGAUGAUAAAUAUUUGAAACCUUUCAUGCAAGAUGAUCCGCUCUUGUACAGUUUCAAUGAAGACGAAGAAGGUGAAGAUGAUCAUAUGACACUGGAUGACCAAGAGGAACUAAUGAGGGAUUUGAGGAAUAUUGAUGAGAUAUGCAUUGAAGAUGCCAACACACUGAAAAAAUCUGCUCAUGACUGCGGAUUUUUUGAAGAAAAUGGAACAAAAGAGGUUGCUUCUACUUCCAGCAGCCAUGAGAACAUGGGCAGUUCUUCAAAGAUGGAAAUGGUCAACGGAGGUUCUGAAGAACAUGUUGGUUCGUCAGAUGGAAAGCCAUCAGAUAGCCAUUCAAAAGCUUCUAUUGUGAAUCUUGUUGCAAAGGAUAUCAAGAAAGUCAAUGAGAAUUAUUUUGGGGCUUACAGUUCAUUUGGUAUACACAGAGAGAUGAUAAGUGAUAAGGUCAGGAUGGAUGCUUAUGGUCAAGCUAUCUUGAAAAACCCUUCUCUCAUGACUGGUGCAGUUGUGAUGGAUGUGGGUUGUGGAACUGGCAUAUUAAGUCUCUUUGCUGCCAAAGCAGGGGCUUCAAGAGUAAUUGCAGUUGAAGCCAGUGAGAAGAUGGCUGCAGUGGCAACUCAGAUUGCAAAAGAAAAUGGGCUUUGGCGUUGCACUGAAGGCAAUGACCGGUACACUGGAGUAAUGGAGGUAGUUCAAGGUAUGGUUGAAGAGAUCGAUAAAUCCAUACAAAUUGAACCACAUAGUGUCGAUGUAUUAUUAAGUGAGUGGAUGGGAUACUGCCUGCUUUACGAGACAAUGCUGAGCUCAGUGCUUUUUGCCAGAGAUAAAUGGUUGAAGCCUGGGGGUGCCAUCCUCCCUGACACAGCAAGUAUUUAUGCUGCUGGGUUUGGAAGAGGUGGUACUAGUCUUCCAUUUUGGGAAGAGGUUUAUGGUUUCAAUAUGUCUUCUGUUGGCAAGGAACUUGUUCAGGAUGCUGCUAAAUUUCCUAUCGUUGAUAUUGUGGAUGAGAAGGAUUUAGUGACUGAUGCUGUACUUCUCCAGACUUUUGACUUGGCAACCAUGAAGCCUGAUGAAGUGGAUUUCACUGCAAGCAUUGAGCUGGAACCAAAGUUGAGCAGUCUGGCAAACGGACUGCUCAACUCCACUGAAUUGACAUCUAAAACGACCUGGUGCUAUGGUGUUGUGUUGUGGUUUGAUACUGGUUUUACUCUGAGGUUCUGCAAAGAAACUCCAUCUGUUUUGUCUACAUCGCCAUACACUCCCAAAACACAUUGGUCGCAAACAAUUUUCACCUUCCGGGAGCCAAUAGCAAUGGCAUCAGGAAAACUCUCUGUUGACAAAUCUGCUGCAGUUGGCACAGAUACAUGUCCUGCUGCAAGAGUUCAUUUACGCAUCAGCAUUGCCCGUGCUGUCGAACACCGCAGCAUCGACAUUUCAAUUGAAACUUCUGGAGUUAGUCUUGAUGGACAGAAACACAGUUGGCCAGUGCAGAUGUUCAAUCUAUCUUAG